AAUUGGAUGAACCACACCGAUGCAAUUCAAGUGAGAAGCUUUCUAAUGCCUUCCAAGCUCAUAAAUUAUUUUAUUUUAAUUCAAUUAUUCUGUAAGGGUUCAUCCACCGUAUGAACACAAGAACCCUUUCAAUCCUUCUUUGUUUCACAUAUACCCAAUUCAACUUUCACGCUUUCAUUCUACGCAAACCGACUCUGUUUUCAUGAACCCUCGUUCAUGCUCCUUACGAAAUCGAUGUUGUGAUUUCACCAUUUUUUUGGUGUGUUAAGCAGAGGAAAUUCAGAAGGCAUGGAAAAUUCCCAAGAUGAACCACUUCCUCCAGGUGUUCCUUCGUGGCCAAACUAUGCCCUUGCCGCUCCUUCACCUCAAUACCCUUUUCCUCCCAACGCCCCCAACAACCUUCAACAUGAAAUUCGCCCUUCCAAUUCUAAUCUUACUGUGAACACUAGAGUGGAUGAUGCCACAGUUACAGUUUCAAAUAACAUCGCUUCGAACUACUAUGGAGCACAGUUCAAUGGGUCGCGCGACAUUGAUAUUGCUGCUCAGGAUGCAGUACUGCGCGAACAAGAAAUUGCGAUGCAAAAUGUCAUAAGGAGUCAAAGGGAGGGAAGAACUGCUGUUGCACCUAACGAGGACAAUUUGGAUAUAUUCUCGGAGCGGCGUGACCCCAACGCUUUGAAGGAGCAUCUGUUGAAAAUGGCCACAGAGCAUAGGGCUGAAAUGGCUGUGAAACGUGGGAAAGCUGCACGUGUGGAAGAAGAUAAGCCUGGAGGAACCUCCGAAUUAUCCAUUUCUGCAGCAGCAACACCACCACUAGCAUUUUCUCCAACGUCAACUUAUAUGUUUUCAUCCGAAGCAUCCAAAGUUGAGAACUCUUCACUUGUUGGUAACACAGAAAUAGGCAAUGGAUAUGGUGUGCCCGGUGGAGGUGCCUAUUAUGAUGGUCCAAAACUUAAUACUGCUGCAGUAGGUAACAGUGCCAUCAGUCAGUCUGAUCCUAUACUCGAUAGAUGUUCAGAACAGAAACCUGCAGCUAAAGAAUUGCCUGAGUACCUCAAGCAGAGGUUGAGAGCUAGGGGUAUUCUUGGAGACAAUUCAUGCACGGCAGAUCUUAAAGCCACUGCAGAUGAAGUUACGGAAUAUCGAAAGUUGCCACCAGGAUGGGUUGAGGCAAAAGAUCCUGGAAGUGGGGCAUGUUAUUAUUAUAAUGAAAGUACAGGAAAGAGUCAAUGGGAAAAGCCUCAAGAAUCAUACUUAACUGAGCAAUCACCAUCAUCUUCACAUCUCCCAGAAAAUUGGGUGGAGUCAUUGGAUGAAACAACAGGUCAUAAGUAUUAUUACAAUACAAAAACUCAUAUAUCACAAUGGGAGAGGCCUAAUUUAGCUCACGAAGUUUCUGUUGGUGAUGGAUAUGACCAAUCAUCUAAUUUACCACGGUGCAUGAGAUGUGGUGGGUGGGGUGUUGGCCUUGUUCAAGCAUGGGGUUACUGCAAUCACUGUACAAGGGUUCUGAAUCUUCCUCAAUGUCAGUAUUUGUCCUCAAGUUUGAACAAUCAGCAAAGCAGUGCUGCACAUCCCUCUCAAAUUUCAGACAAUAAGUCUAACAAAGAGAGGACCAGUUCGAAACCUCCAUUUCACAAAGGAAGCAGAAAAGGGGGAAAGAAACGUGCUCAUGCAGAGGAUGAUGAGUUGGAUCCCAUGGACCCUAGCUCCUAUUCUGAUGCUCCUCGUGGUGGCUGGGUCGUGGGUCUGAAAGGUGUGCAGCCACGAGCAGCUGACACAACAGCAACAGGUCCUCUCUUUCAACAACGACCAUAUCCAUCUCCUGGAGCUGUUUUGCGGAAGAAUGCUGAAAUUGCUUCUCAGAAGAAGAAACCAAAUUCACAUUUUACUCCCAUUUCCAAAAGGGGUGAUGGAAGUGAUGGGCUUGGUGAUGCAGAUUAGAACCAUCUUAUCAGAAUAAUGAGCUCAUUUGUCUUAUUCUUUUUGCCAAGUGGAUGAAAUUUAUCAGAUACAUUUUACUCUAAUAUCCAGGAGUUAGAUAAGGAUGUCACUGCAUUGGCAAAACCAUCUGUGCUGUUGUGCAGUAAUACUGUGACUUACUGCAAAUACUGGAAAAUGAUCACCAGUUCAAUGUUAUAACCAAAUGGCUGAACGGAAUAUACUUGAAGCAUUCUGACGGGUGAUGAUGAAAAUGGAACUCGGCUUGGCAGGCAUUCAUGAGCAGAAACGUCAUAACCAUAUGAUUUUUCACGAUUGGAAAAAUCUAGAACCUCAAGGUUGUGUGAGAAAGGAAAUUCUGAGCCUUCCAACAUGGUCUGUGCUCAUUCUUUUUGUUCAUCAUUAUAGCUAGUCAUGUUAAUUUUCUUUUUUCAUUAUAGUACGAUGGUAUUUUAUGAUGGUUGAUGGAGAUGUGUGUAGUCCAGAUCUUCUUCACUUUCUUGGAAUACCUGUAUUUGGUGUAGAUUCUCAGAUUUCAUGUAUCGUUCUUUUAUAAAAAUUGGGACAUAACAGCA